AUGGAUCAGGUAAUGCAGUUUGUUGAGCCAAGUCGGCAGUUUGUGAAGGACUCAAUUCGGCUGGUUAAAAGAUGCACUAAACCUGACAGAAAAGAAUUCCGGAAGAUUGCCAUGGCAACAGCAAUAGGAUUUGCUAUAAUGGGAUUCAUUGGCUUUUUUGUGAAAUUGAUCCAUAUCCCUAUUAAUAACAUCAUUGUUGGCGGCUGA